AUGUUCAAAAUCCUGGCGGUGAUUGCUUGCUUGGCCGUGGCGGCUUCGGCCCAGUUCGGCUACGGAGGCGGCGAGCACGGACUCAGCGGAUACGGGCACCACCACGAGGAGCCGAAGGACUACUACGCCUACCCGAAGUACAAGUUCGAGUACGGCGUAAAGGACCCGCACACCGGGGACCACAAGAGCCAGUGGGAAGUCCGGGAUGGAGAUGUCGUGAAGGGAUCGUACUCGCUGCACGAACCGGACGGCACCGAGCGCGUCGUGGAGUACAAAUCGGAUAAGCACAGUGGAUUCGAAGCCGUCGUCAAGAAGGUCGGCCAUGCCCACCAUCCGCAGGUCUACGGCGGACACCACUACUAG